UCCUUUCCUCCUCCAUCGUGCGGUGGGCUCCUGACUUGGCUUCUCACCAUGUCUUCUCACAAGACUUUCAGAAUCAAGCGAUUCCUGGCCAAGAAACAAAAGCAAAAUCGUCCUAUUCCUCAGUGGAUUCGGAUGAAAACUGGUAACAAAAUAAGGUACAACUCCAAGAGAAGACACUGGAGGAGAACAAAGCUGGGUCUGUAAGGAUUCACACAAUGGCAAGACAGAGUUUAUACAGAAUUGUGGGUCAUCAAGCAAUCCUACCACGUAGAGUUCAACAUUUUAACCUGAAGACUUGGUCGUGUUUUAAGUUGGGGGAGUAGUUUGUCCAGUAAUAAAAUGUAGAACCUU